GGAACAACAACAAAAAAGAGCGGAGUGAGCACUACCGUCGUUUGGUCCGGGGUCGUCCCCGCUCUACCUAUGCGUUAGUGAAACAUCAUGCCCUCGGAGAGUGACGGCUCCGCCCGGUUUCGCGGCAGGAGGCGAUAGUUACUCGCAUCCGAACCCGAGAAGCCAUAUGGACGAGGACGAAAUUCAGUUCUGUCUGCCGCGCCGCCUGGCAGCAGGUUUUGCGCAAAGUUUAUCCUUGGUCACGCCCGAGCAGGAAGGGCAGAGCGCGCAGUUACGAGCUUGGGGUCGAAACGAACAGAAUGCGCUCGGGUUUAAGAAGAUUCCCAAGGAACUAGUUUUGAACGCCCCCACGCAGGUGGAUUUUUUCAAGGGAAAGCCGGUCUUCGAGGUGGCUUGCGGACACAGCCAUUCUGUGGUGCUCGAAAAGAAGCCGGACCAAGAUGGGGGGCGCGUAUGGUGCAUGGGUCUUUCCACGCAUGGUCGGCUGGGUAUUUCGCAGGGAAAAGUGGCCAAAUUUAAUGAGGAGACGGGGGGUGGCGUGGAGGACGAUCCCCUGGCGCCGAAGGUGGAAAACGCCACUCUGGUCCCACAAGAAGUAGAGCUGCCUGCUGGCACCCGGAUUGCCCGCGUCGCAGCGGGCGCAGACCACACUCUCGCACUCACCGAGUACGGGCAAGUGAUGAGUUGGGGCGUGGGAAAUUUCGGCAACCUCGGAAGCGGGGGCACGCAGGACAUCUGGGUUCCCCAUUUGUUGCGUGACUUGGAGGACAUCGAGUGCAUUCAGGUGGCCGCGGGCGCGAAGCACAGCUUGGCCUUGACGUCCUCGGGGCACGUCUACGCCUGGGGCCACGGCGGAAACGGGCGUUUGGGGCUGGGUACCGACCGCACGGCCGCCUUGGUCCCGCAGUCCAUCACGGAGUAUGAAUCGGAGGACCAGGCGGAGAAAUACAUCGUCUUUAUCGAGUGCGGCGAAUCCCACUCCGGGUGCAUCGACAGCCUCGGCCGCGUGUAUACCUGGGGCAACGGCGGGUACUGUCGCACGGGGCACGGCCAGGAGUAUGACGCGUGCGUGCCCAAGCAGGUGGAUGGCCUGCGCGCGACGCCCUGCGAGCAGUUGUCGUUUGGCGUGUUGCACUCCCUAGCGCUGACCAUGAAGGGUCGGGUGAUGGCGUGGGGCGCGGGCGCGGCCACGGGUCUGAUCUUUCCCGGCGAGGCGUUGGUGGCCCCCAUUCCCCGGCAGGUGCAGGCGGAGGUGGAGGCCGAGAAGGACCCGCUGUUCACUCAGAUUGCGGCCGGGGCGCUGCACUCCGUGGCCGUGUCCAGCGACGGUGAGCUGUUUUGCUGGGGCCAGAGCAGCGAGGGCCGGCUCGGCCUGGGCACGACCGAAGACAGCAGCGCCACUGCGAAGCGUGCCGACGAUAGCGACGCGGAAGGCGAGCGACUCUAUGAGGACCGCUACCGCCCCAAGCUCUGCAAGGUCAAGCGCUCCGGGGAGGUGUACGGCUGGAGCGUGCCCAUCCACGAGCAUAGCGUGGCCGGGGCGAAGAAGCACGCGCUGCAGCACAAGCACGGGGGGGCGGCCUCGGCCAGGAGCGACACACUCCUUCAGGACGAGCUCCUGGGGUCGAAAAAGAACCAGCGCCUCCCUCGGGGGAACGCGGCGCAGGUAGAGUGCGGUGGCAUGUUCUCCGCGUUGCGCACCAAAGACGGCAUCCUCUACACCUGGGGUAGCAACGACUAUGGGCAAGUGGGCACCGGUUCCACACUAGACGUGCCGCAGCCGUUUCAGCACUGCACUUUUCCCGCCCCUGUCAAAGCGGUUGCGUGUGGCUUCGAGCAUUGCCUAGCAAUUAGCGGUGGGCUUCUCUACUCCUGGGGCCGAAACAACUUCGGGCAGCUGGGUACGGGACGCGGCCGCGACCUCGCCGAGCCCACGCUCGUCGAGAGCCUCAUCGAUCUCAAGUGCGCAGCAGCCGGGGAGGACCACUCCAUGUGCGCACUCACCAGCGGUACAUAUCUCCAGAAUGAAUUGCAGAUUUUGAGAUUGUCAUAUCGAUCGUGCGCGCCAGGUCAUGCCCGGAGCAGUGCCAACAAGUUGGACUGAAUAUGUGCGUAAAUAAAGUUAAAGUUGAAACGAGGGAAGGCAGUAAAUAAGUAGAAAUCUCAGCGGGAAAGACAAGAGCGAAGCGCGUCACAGUGAGUUGUAUGCUAGAAGUUGUACAGUCGUGAAGCAUACAACUCGCCACUAUGAGUCACAGCCCUCAACAUCGUGUGCUUCACCAUAGACAACGAUGAUAAUGAUGGUGACGACUUCUUGCACACAAAAUUUAUCAACAGGCGAGCUCUACACCUGGGGAAACGCGGAGAACGGUAAACUGGGUCAUGGCUCUUCGUUGGUAUCGGGGGCGCAGAUGCUCCCGCGUCAGGUUCGGCUCGCGGACCGGAUUGUGGCCGUGCGAUGCGGGCAGCAGCAUUCGGCGAUUGUGAACGCGAAAGCCAUGGCCUUCGCCUUCGGCGUCGGGUGGUUCGGCCGGCUGGGUCUCGGCCACAAACGGAACGCGUACGUGCCAACGAAGGUGGAUUUUGGGAGUAACAAACUGGUGGAGUCGUUCUCGCUUGGGAGUUACCACUCGGCCUUCAUCACCACCCAGCACGAGCUGUACAUGUGCGGCCGAGACCGCAUGGUACUGCAGGGCGACCACAUGGAGAGUCCUUUCGCGGUGGAACAGUUUCAGGGGAUCAACAUCGUCCACGUCACCGCUGGGGGUUUCUUCUCGCUUUGUAUCGACCACGAGGGCGGCCUCUAUGUUUUCGGGGACAACAGCAAGGGCCAGCUCGGGCUGGGCCGGAAGCAGGUACGCGUCGAAGAACCAGAGCGCAUUCGGCACUCCGACGCUUUCGUACAAGCCAGCUGCGGAAGUUCUCACUGCAUGCUCUUGUCAGCGGGCGGGGUGACCUAUG